AUGCCUUCCAAGUUAUACGACCAAUCUAAUCCAUCAUGGUGCCUCGAAGCUGUACCUCGACAGAGUAAAAAAUGGCUGUCACUCGUUACGCUGCGGUUUGGCGCUCUGCUUUGCCAACUGAUUUGUGUAAUCUGCUUUUCUUGGGCGUUGGCGGAGCAUGAGAAGGGUAUAGCCUAUAUCGAUGGACUGGGGAGUGGCUGGUCAUCGAUCAACCUCGGGACAUCCUCAUACGCGUUUCUCUGGUCUGCCACAUUCCUGACGGUCGUCGCCUUCAACCGCAGAGUCCAUCCUGGCAUUGGUAUCGCCUUCGAUCUUCUCGCUUUCCUUGCACAGAUGAUAACCGUCGCUUUCUACUUGAACGAAUUUGCACAAUGGCAGACGGGCGGAUACCCAGAUGACACGGAGGAGGCUAAACGGCUUUAUGGGGUGGAAUGCUUCGCUCUUGCGAUGAUGCUUCUCGGGUUGUCAUUCAAUCUUAUUCUGCUGAUCCGAUCAUCCGUGGCCUGUGAUGUUGAACGCAAGGAAGCGAAGUCCUUGAAGAACAGAAGGAAGUUCGGGCUUGAGAGUCCUUAA